AGGCAAGCAGCGAGCGCUGGUGGGAACCUGCCGUUGCUUAUCAGUCAAGAGACGGACGGACCGGCCAAGAAGCUUAACCCCAUUGAAACUCUCUAAUGAGAGACCGCCCCCGGGAGCUUCAAUUAUAAUCUCAAUUGGAACAGGAAAAAACAAACUUUGUGAACAUUUUCUGCAUUAAGGACAUUACAUUGUGUGUCCAUUUCGUUGGGACUUUGUAACAUCAGAUAAGUGUCUAGCAGAGAUUAAACGAAGCCGGCUAGGAAAUGGCCGUUUAUAUGCGCUGAAAGGAUACUGGGUUUGAUAGUGUGAGGAGUGCUGACGUCUCGGUACUGAAGAUGGGACUCCUGACCGCUCGGUGUACAGUCGCAUUUAUCUCGUUAACGCUCUGCGUCUGCAGGGUGUGGAGUAAUGAGAUACUUGGGUUAAAGAUCCCAGUGGACCCUGUACUAACCGCCAACACGGUGUGCCUGACGCUCUCGAGCCUGACACGCCGGCAGCUCGAAGUUUGCAUGAGAUAUCCGGACGUGACGGCCUCGGCCAUCCAGGGCAUUCAGAUCGCCAUCCAUGAAUGCCAGCACCAGUUCCGGGACCACAGGUGGAACUGUUCGAGCCUGGAGACUAAGAACAAGAUUCCGUAUGACAGUGUGAUCUUUAGCCGAGGCUUCAAGGAGAGUGCUUAUGCGUACGCCAUUGCAGCGGCAGGAGUGGUUCACGCUGUCUCAAACGCCUGCAGCCUGGGCAAGCUGAAGGCCUGUAGCUGCGACGACCAGCGCCGAGGGGACGAGGAGGCAUUCAGGCUCAAACUGAACCGUCUGCAGCUGGAGGCCCUGAACCGGGGAAAGGGAAUGGUGCACGGGGUGCUGGAGCCAUUGCCGGGGGAACUGCCGGGGCCUCAGGAUUCCUGGGAGUGGGGAGGCUGCAGCCCCGACGUGGAGUAUGGGGAGAAAUUCUCAAGGGACUUUUUGGAUUCCCGUGAAACAUAUAAGGACAUCCAUUCCAGGAUGCGUCUGCACAACAACAGGGUGGGAAGGCAGAUGAUCUCCGACAACAUGAAGAGGAAGUGCAAAUGCCAUGGUACAUCUGGUAGCUGCCAGCUCAAGACGUGCUGGCAGGUGACGCCGGACUUCCGCACAGUGGGCACCCUGCUGAAGCACAAGUUCUACAACGCCACGCUGAUCAAAGCCCACAACCGCAACACCGGCCAGGUGGAGCACGCCCACCACCCGCAUCGCCGGAAGUCUACCGCUGGCGAGCUGGUCUUCUUCGAGGACUCACCCAACUUCUGCGAACGGGAGCCUGAGCUGGACUCGGCCGGCACUCGAGGACGGAUCUGCAACAAGACCAGCCCGGGCCUGGACAGCUGCGAGAGCCUGUGCUGCGGCCGAGGCCACAACAUCCUGAGGCAAUCGCGGAGGGAGAGGUGUAACUGCAAGUUCCACUGGUGUUGUUACGUGGCGUGCGAAGAGUGCAGAGUGACCGAGUGGGUGAGUGUGUGUAAAUAAGCCCCACCUGCUAAUUAUAACACGCAUGCACACAAACCAAUGAUAAUGAAAAAAUACUAAGCCUGGAAUAAUAAAAGGACAAGAAAGACACGGAGGCAAUGGACUUCAAAGUUUUGCAUGGCCUUCACUGACAUUUGCACUGUGCAAUAAGACACCCAUCCUGUUCUCACUGAACUAUUUCCCUUGAAACCAAGCCGGAGCAUCCUCCUGAGGCAGAUGCAAGAGACUGUGUAUGCUGGAAUCUGGAGGAGCUGCACAGGUCAGGCAAUGCCUAUAGAAGGGUAUGAUCUGGAACAACACACAUAAAGUGCUGGAGGAACUCAAGAGGUCAAGCAACAUUUAUUGAGGGAAGAGAUUUGGUGCAUCACCAAAAAAAGCACUGGAGGAGCUCAAGGGGUUGGGCAGAUGCCAUGGAGGGAAGGAAUUUGGUGCAACACACAAGAAGUGCUGGAGGAACUCAAGGGGUGAGGCAGAUGCCAUGGAGGGAAGGAAUUUGGUGCAACACACACAAAGUGCUGGAGGUACACAAGAAGUACUCAGCGGGCCGGGCAGCAUCCAUGGAGGGAAGUGGACAGUUGCCAUUUCUGGUCAAGAUCCUUCAUCUUGACAAACUGCUGCCCAGUGAACCCCACCUACACUCCCUCCCCCCCUUCAGUCCUUUCAUUGUUCCCAAGUCAGCUUGGUGGAGAAGAAAUAUGAGUGACUGUGCCACUAGGGAACAGAUGACAAAGUUCAGAGACCGAAGAAAAAGAUAAGAACUUCAAAGACUUCUAGGAUGAAAUUGUCAAGAGAACUGAGGGAAAAGAAAUCCAAAAAAAAUCCACAAUUCUGUAAUAAUUUGGAAUUGUGUUUGUUUUUCUCAUUGUUUAAUGUAUAAUAAGUUAUUUUAAUAUAACAAAUACUUUUACAUUUUGAAAGUGUUUGGCUAACAAUGUGUUAAAAGCGCUGAUAUUAAAAGGAACUUCAAAUUA